GUCCCGGAGCUAACCGCCAUCUGGGUAGCCAACCGGAACAACCCCAUCGCCUCCACCGACAACCUCAUCCUGUUAGCCGGUGACAGAAAAGAUCAAAAUCGAAAUCAAACUCAAACCCAAGUUCCCAUUUGGUCAACCAACGUUUCGGCCGGUCUCAAUUCUAGUUCUCCGCUCUCGGUGAGGAUUUUGGAUUCAGGGAAUUUCGCACUGUUCAGCAGUUCCAAUUCGACGAUUCUAUGGCAGAGUGUUGAUUACCCGACGAACACUUUCCUACCCGGAGCGAAGCUCAGGCUAGAUCGGAAAUCGAAGGUAAACAGGAGAGGGAAGCUAGAGCCUCUAUUUGAUUAUGAGAGGGAGUUUUCUAGAGGAGCUCUACAAAUCUCAAUGGUGAGGAACAAAGGAGCUCUGCUGUUCAAACUUUGCUCCUAUAAAUCUCUCUUCUUCUUCCCUUUCUUCUCUUGUACCUCACCUCUGUUCGGAAAAGUGAGACAUUUUGGAACUUCAUAG